GAUCUCGCGGCACGGCAGCUUGGCACCGAAGUUGCACAGAAGCUGCUGGAAGAGCUCCAGGAUACAGAUCUGCUGAGCGAUGCCAGCAAAGUGGUUGCGAUCCAGUCAGCUCCCUUCUUUUCGCUCUUCCUGUCGCAUGCAGAGUGGGAGACGACCCAGAGCCGGCAGACGAGAGCCGAUUCCACUGCUUCCCAGGAUCCCACUGCCUCGGUUGGGGGGCUUCUCCCGGCGCUUACGGGGGCGUUGCCGCGGCAGGUUUCUGAGCAGAAGCCGGUCGCACCGCUAGCGCCGGAGACCG